AUGAAUCAAGGAAAUAACUCAAAUAACACACCAUCAAGGGUCGUAUAUCUAGGUUCGAUACCUUACGACCAAACAGAACAACAAAUUCUUGAUCUUUGCAGGAAUGUCGGGCCUGUAGUGAAUAUGAAGAUGAUGUUUGACCCUCAAACUGGUAAAUCGAAAGGUUAUGCAUUUAUAGAGUUCAAGGAUUUAGAUACAAGUGCCUCAGCAGUAAGGAACCUAAAUGGUUAUCAAUUGGGCUCCCGUUUUUUGAAAUGUGGAUAUUCUAAUAAUAAUGAUUUAAACUCUGUUAGUGGUAGCAGUUCUGGAUCUUCAGGGUCCAUGGGAGAUCAGAAUGACAUAUCACCUUCAAACUUAAGAUUCGCUGACUUACCUACUGGUAUAGAUGUAAAUAUUAAUAUGACAACACCUGCAAUGAUGAUAUCAAGUGAAUUAUCAAAGAUAGAUAAAAAUGCACAGCUGGAUUUAUUAAGGGGGUUCCAGGAAUGGUCCAAGAAUGAUGGCGAAUUGGCAAUAGGUUUACUCACAGAAUAUCCUCAACUAACAUAUGUGAUUGCAGAACUAAUGUUAACUAAUGGUAUUGCUAAAGUUGAUGAUUUGACUCAAUUGGCGUCUUCAAAUAAUAAAGGAAAUCAAAAUGGUGUUAUAUCGUCUGAAAAUGAAAAUAAAAAUACAUUAUCUAAUGACCCUGAAACACAACAAAAGCAAAAAGAUUUAUUGAGACAGGUAUUACAAUUAAAUGAUGGUGAUAUAUCUAUUUUACCAGACGACGAAAGAAUGACUCUAUGGGAUUUGAAACAAAGAGCCAUGAGAGGUGAUUUUGGAGGUUUACUCUAA